AUGUCAUUACGAUCGAGCGGUGGCGCGAAUCAACAUCAUCAUGACCAACAGCACCAAGACCACCACGUCACUGACUCGAAGCCAUCAGUGCGUUUAGAACGCUUCUUCUCUUCGAACAAUAUUUCGAUCGAUCGACGUGAAUCGAACCAUGAUGUUUCUUCUUGUCGUUGUAACAACACCAACAACAACAAUCAUUCGAACCAUACUAGUGAGCCAUUGUACCAUCAAUCUCAAGUACUUGGUCUUUCAACCGAUCGACGACGACGACGACUACCACCACGAGGAGAUUUCAGAAAUUCCAAUUCGGAACAACCCAAUGCAUUGAAUUCUUUUCGCAUCAACACAAUGAUGAAAAUGAAUGAAACAGAUUCGACACGUCCAUUCACCCUCUUUUCGAGAAGCCUAUCAUGGUCCAUCAAACGAGCAUUAACCUCUCCAUCAUUGUGUAUUCCGCGUUUGCCACCAAAACAACAACAACCAUGGAUUUGGAGGAUCUUGAUGAAUUUUUCAUGUCAAUUUCUCUUCUUGAUUCUUGUAUUGUUGAUGAUUUCUCAACAUGAUGGUCCCAGUACCGUUCUCGCUGCUUCAUCAACUCCUACAUACAGUAUUUCUCGAUUUCACAGUGAACUCAAAUUGACCGAUUCGAAUCAAUGCAUGGUCGAAGUCAAUGAAAUUGUCACCUAUUUAUUUGCUACUCCUACACGAAAAAUUUCUCGAUACAUUCCUACCAAUUUACCGUAUGGCUAUGCGAGAAUGAUUGGAGAAAUUCAUGUCACUUCCAUGUCUAAUCAAGUUAAAAUAUCUGAUAUUUUGUAUUUGAAAUCAGGAGAUGGUAUGAAACAAAUUUUCGUUUCGUUCGAAAAUCCAACUUCGGAGACCACACAAGUGACUUUACAAUACAAGUACAUGAUCAAUGGACCUCUUUUUGUGAGUCACAACGUGUCAAGAGUUGCUUGGUCGAUCGGAUACGAAGAAGCACAAAGUAUUAAUAAUAUUGAAAUUUCUGUGAAAUUCCCUACGAACAUGUUCUCCAAGAUUGCUUCGACUCUCAAAGGAUUUAAAGUGAAACAAGAUGGACCUGAAACUACAGCCACCUUCCCAACAAGUUCGAUUACAAGUCCUGCUGGAUCCUAUCGACCCAUGUUCACUGCCAAUAAUUUAUUAUUUGACACUUGUCAAACGUAUUGGUAUACCAAUCGACCAUUUCUAACAAUUUUUGGGUUUUAUGGCAUUACAUUGGCCAUUAUGUUUGUGUGUUUGGCAGUGAAAAUUAUUCAUGACAAUAUUGAAAGUUAUAAAUUAGAAAAGGCUAUGGAACGAGAACGUCAUUCGAGAUAUGCUCGUCACCAAUUACAUGAAGUGUCAUAUGAUUCAAAUUCAGACCAUGAAGAGAAUCAUACGUUUUUGACUCGAGAAAAGAAACAUGCAUUUGAUAAUUUGUAA